AUAAACACCCAAAUUAAAAUGUUACGCUAUUCCACUUCUAGCCAUAGGGUGCUCUCUUAAUAUUCAUGUUGAACCCAAUGUUUUAUAGUUGGGAGAAAUCGGGAACCUAGAAAAGGAAAAUCUGAUCUUCAAUGCAGGUUUAUGCUUUAUAAUAAUUUGUUGGGACUUGGCCUUCCCGGAAUAGUAUGAAUGUCACCUCAUCUUCUGUGAUCACAUCUGAACACUCAGUUUAUUAGUGACAUAAAGGACAGUCUUACAGGAAUGUGUAACUGCACUCAUUAAGUCACAAACUGCUGCUGCAGUAGUUUUUAGAGGCCACAGUUAACAGUGAAGGAGCUGAUGGUUUCCCGCAGAGUAUGUAACUCCGUAGGUGCUUAAAGUUAAGACAUGUACAAAUUGUUGCGAAUUAAUCUGUAUGUAAAUCAAACGCACGCAGAAGGAAGUCAGAGCUCAUACUGCUGCUAUGCUGAGAUGGUAAGUUUUCCUUAUGCAUUCUUCCCCAGUACCUGAGCAGUUCCGUCUUAAAUGCUCAAUACCACAUGUGGAAAAAUGCACUGAAAUUGCACUCUAGCCAUCGGAAGGUGUGACUGGGAGGGGUCUUACGAUCCUGCGGAUCCCAGGGCAGGUGCAAGCUACUGCGCUUUCGGGGGCGGGUGCUGGGGCCCCACCUGGCGUCCGGGACCACGGACUCCAGGCGCAGGUGCAGCCUGUUCCGGCUGCGCAGGCGCACUGCGACACAGACGCGCGCAGGCGCCCAGCCUUUCCCGACCACCGCGCGACCAGCCAGCAGCAAGCAGUCCGCUUAGCUGAGAGAAACUCCCGCCUCGGCCUCACGUUGUGUCAGCGUCGUUUCGCCCGUGGCCGGACUCAAGCUCCUUUACACAUCCCUUGUAAAAACAACAUGUGAAUACCCUACGUGGGGCCUCUUCAUCGCCGCCGCCAUUUACAGAAGUCUCCAGUCACAGCUACUGCGGUGGUCGCCGCAAAAAGUGACUGCAGAGCCCGCUUGCUCGGCAGCGUCAGCGGCGCCUGCGCCGCGUCCUAGCUUUUGGUGCCCCCUUUCCUCGGGUGGGCGACAGCAGAGGAGAGGCGGUGACACCGGGUGGGGCGGGGAGACGGAGCAGCGCGAAGGGAGGAGUUCCGGUCCGCACCCCUCCGCCACCACCCACUUGGUACGUUCCGCCUCCCCCACCCUGCUGCUGCUGGAGAUGCUUCUCCACAGAGCAGCGGGAGGGGCGGGCGCCGGGGGGCGGGGCGGUCACGCCGUCCGUCCCGUGCCCGCGGGAGUCACGUGUCCAUGGGAGUCACGUGCCCGCAACGCAGCCAAUAGCUGGGCGGCGCUGUUCUGGGAGCGAGGAGGCUGUGGUGAGAGACGGACGGAGACCGGAGAUGUUUUCAAGCCCAGCCCCGUCGGCGUUAGUGGCGGUUGCAGCGGCGACGAAGACAACGACAGCGACGGCCACGCUGAAGCACUCGUUCAGGGGGUAAACCCUCCUGCGCUGGCCGUGCCUCGGGUUCGUGCGGGCGAGGGGGGCGUGGCGACAGGGAGGAGGAAGGAGGGGCGCGGUUUCGAGCCUGUGCCCGACGCCUGGGAGGAGACCCCCGGUCCUGCGUUGCUCCGGUUUCCCCUCCUAGAGCAAGAUCCAGGAUGAGAAGACUGAUAAAAGAAGCUAGCUGAACAGCUAUAAAAUGCCCAAAUCUGGGUUCACAAAACCAAUUCAGAGUGAAAAUUCUGACAGUGACAGCAAUAUGGUAGAGAAACCAUAUGGAAGAAAGAGUAAAGACAAGAUUGCAUCCUACAGCAAAACUCCAAAAAUUGACCGAAGUGAUGUGGGAAAGGAGAUGAAAGAGAAAUCUAUGAAACGUAAACUUCCUUUUUCCAUUAGCCCAUCAAGAAAUGAGGAACGAGAUUCUGACACAGAUUCAGAUCCAGGACAUACAAGUGAAAAUUGGGGGGAGAGACUUAUAUCUUCUUACAGGACGUACUCAGAGAAAGAAGGUCCAGAAAAGAAGAAAACCAAAAAGGAAGCUGGAAAUAAGAAAUCCACGCCAGUUAGCAUUCUUUUUGGUUAUCCACUCUCUGAGCGAAAGCAGAUGGCACUUCUUAUGCAGAUGACAGCGAGAGACAACAGUCCAGAUUCCACACCAAAUCAUCCAUCACAAACAACACCAGCCCAAAAGAAAACUCCAAGUUCUUCAUCUCGACAAAAAGAUAAAGUUAAUAAAAGAAAUGAACGUGGUGAAACUCCUUUACACAUGGCAGCUAUUCGAGGAGAUGUGAAACAAGUUAAAGAAUUAAUAAGUUUAGGGGCAAAUGUGAAUGUGAAAGAUUUUGCAGGUUGGACACCACUGCAUGAAGCUUGCAAUGUUGGAUAUUAUGAUGUUGCUAAGAUACUUAUAGCAGCUGGAGCAGAUGUUAACACACAAGGUUUAGAUGAUGACACUCCACUCCAUGAUUCUGCUAGUAGUGGGCACAGAGAUAUAGUGAAACUCUUACUUCGUCAUGGUGGAAAUCCAUUUCAAGCUAAUAAACAUGGGGAGCGUCCAGUGGAUGUAGCAGAAACAGAGGAGUUGGAGUUGCUACUAAAAAGAGAGGUGCCUUUGUCUGAUGAUGAUGAAAGUUACACAGAUUCUGAAGAGGCUCAGUCAGUAAAUCCUUCUAGUGUUGAUGAAAAUAUUGACUCUGAGACAGAGAAAGACUCUCUCAUCUGUGAAAAUAAACAGAUACUUCCCAGUAAAGCACCUCUUCCAUCUGCCCUUGAUGAGUAUGAGUUCAAAGAUGAUGAUGAUGAAGAAAUAAAUAAAAUGAUUGAUGAUAGGCAUAUUCUUAGGAAAGAACAACGAAAAGAGAAUGAAUCUGAAGCAGAAAAGAAUAGUUUAUUUGCAAAACAGGAGAAAGCCUUCUAUCCUAAAUCAUUUAAAAGUAAAAAACAAAAGCCAUCCAGGGUUUUGUAUUCAAGUACCGAAAGUUCUGAUGAAGAAGUUCUUCAGAACAAAAAGAUUUCUACUUCAUGUUCUGCCCCUGAAACAUCAAAUUCUGAUAUACAAACCAAAAAGGAAUAUGUAGUUUCAAGUGAACACAAACAGAAAGGCAAAGUUAAAAGAAAAUUAAAAAAUCAGAAUAAAAAUAAAGAGAACCAAGAGCUAAAGCAAGAAAAAGAGGGAAAAGAAAAUACCAGAGUAGCAAACUUGGCAGUUAAUACUGCACUUGAUUGUCCAGAAAAGACCAGAGAAGAAGGGAAUUUUAGGAAAUCUUUUAGCCCAAAAGAUGAUACUUCAUUACACUUAUUUCAUAUUUCCACUGGUAAAUCUCCCAAACAUUCUUGUGGAUUAAGUGAAAAACAAUCAACACCACUAAAACAAGAACAUACUAAAACAUGUUUAUCACCAGGAAGUUCUGAAAUAUCAUUACAGCCUGAUCUUGUUCGGUUUGAUAAUACAGAAUCUGAACUCUUGCCAGAAAGUUCAAGUGUAAAAUAUUGUAAACAUAAGGAAAAAAAUAAGCAUCAGAAAGAUUUUCACUUAGAAUUUGGUGAAAAAUCAAAUGCCAAAGUAAAGGAUGAAGAUCAUAGUCCAACAUUUGAAAAUUCAGAUUGCACACUGAAAAAAAUGGAUAAAGAGGGUAAAACAUUAAAAAAACAUAAGUUGAAACAUAAAGAGAGAGAAAAAGAAAAGCAUAAAAAAGAAAUUGAAGGUGAAAAGGAAAAAUAUAAAAAUAAAGAUGGUGCUAAAGAACUGCAGAGGAGUGUAGAAUUUGAUAGAGAAUUUUGGAAAGAGAAUUUUUUUAAAAGUGAUGAAACUGAAGAUUUAUUUUUAAAUAUGGAACAUGAGUCCGUAACAUUAGAAAAAAAAUCAAAAUUGGAAAAAAACAUGAAAGAUGAUAAAUCAACUAAGGAAAAGCAUAUCCCAAGAGAGAGGAACUGUAAAGAGCGGGAAAAGAUUAAAAAGGAAAGUGAGAAAUCUUAUAGGGAAGAAAAAAUAAAAGAUUUAAAAGAAGAAAGAGAGAAUGUACCCACAGAGAAAGAAACAGAAUUUAGUUCUUUGAGUAUAAGUGCCAAUGAUGAAUCUAUAGGACUACAGUCAGCAGAAAAGGAAAUAGACAUUGAAAAACAAGAAAAACAUAUAAAAGAGAGUAAAGAAAAAUCUGAAAAACGGUUUCAAACUAAGGAAAAGGAUGUCGAGAAGACUGAAAGAAAAAAUUCUGAGAAAGAGAAGAAGACAAAACAUGAGCAUAAGUCAGAAAAAGAUAAAUUAGAUCUUAGUGAGUGUGUAGAUAGAAUAAAAGAAAAGGACAAGCUAUAUUCACAUCACACAGAGAAAUGCCAUAAAGAAGGUGAGAAGAUCAAAAAUAUUACUAUUAAAAAAACUGAUGACAGAGAAAAAAGUAGGGAAAAAAUGGAUAGGAAACACGACAAAGAAAAACCUGAAAAAGAGAGACAUCUAGCAGAAAGCAAAGAAAAACACUUGAUGGAAAAGAAAAAUAAACAAUCAGAUAAUAGUGAGUAUAAUAAAUCAGAAAAAGGCAAAAGUAAAGAAAAAGACAGAGAGAUAGAUAAAAAGGAAAAGUCUAGAGAUAAAGAAAGUAUAAAUAUAACUAACUCCAAACACACACAGGAAGAGAAAAAGUCAAGUAUAGUAGACAGUAAUAAAGCACAACAUGAAAAACCCUUAUCCCUUAAAGAAAAAGCAAAAGAUGAACCAUUGAAAAUUCCAGAUGGAAAAGAAAAAGAUAAAAAAGAUAAGGAUAUCGAUAGGUACAAAGAGCGAGACAAACAUAAAGAUAAGAUCCAACUGAAUAGUUUACUCAAAGUAAAAUCUGAAGCAGAUAAGCUUAAACCUAAGUCAUCACCAGCAUUAAAGGAUACUCGACCUAAAGAAAAGAGGUUAGUGAAUGAUGAUUUAAUGCAGACAAGUUUUGAGCGAAUGCUAAGCCUUAAAGACCUAGAAAUAGAACAGUGGCAUAAAAAACAUAAGGAAAAAAUUAAGCAAAAGGAAAAGGAACGGUUGAGAAAUCGUAACUGUUUAGAACUUAAAGUGAAAGAUAAAGAAAAAACAAAGCAUGCAUUAGCUGAACCCAAAAAUAAAGAACUUACUAGGUCAAAGAGUUCAGAGUUGACUGAUGCAUACACCAAGGAGAAACAACCAAAAGAUGCUGUAAGUAGCAGAUCACAAUCUGUUGACACCAAAAAUAUAAUGAAUUUAGGGAAGUCAUCUUUUGUUUCAGAUAAUAGCUUAAACAGGUCUCCUAGAUCAGAAACUGAAAAGCUGGGUCUCAGCUCCAGAUCUGUAUCCAUGAUUUCUGUUGCUAGUUCAGAAGAUUCCUGCCAUACUACAGUGACAACUCCAAGGCCUCCAGUUGAGUAUGACUCUGACUUUAUGUUAGAGGGUUCAGAAUCCCAAAUGUCCUUUUCCCAAUCACCUUUUUUGCCAAUUGCCAAAUCUCCUGCUCUUCAUGAAAGGGAAUUGGACAGCCUAGCUGAUCUGCCAGAGCGAAUUAAACCACCAUAUGCAAACAGACUUCCAACAUCCCAUCUCAGGUCAUCUUCUGUAGAAGAUGUUAAACUAGUUAUAAAUGAGGGGAGACCUAUUGUAGAAAUUCGAAGAUGUAGCAUGCCAUCUGUGAUUUGUGAACAUACAAAACAAUUCCAGACAAUAUCAGAAGAAAGCAAUCAAGGUAGCUUAUUAGCUGUGCCAAGAGAUACUUGUUCUUCUCCCAAACCUGAGAUUUUCUCAAAUGUGCCUGAAAGAGACCAUUCAAAUGUGUCUAGCAUACAUUCCAGUUUUGCAACCUCUCCAACUAGAUCUGUAAGCAACAAAUAUGUUUCAGCUGAUAUAAAUGUUAUCAAGAGCACUGUUGCAGUGGGCACUGUAGUGGACUGUCCUGUGCAUUUAGAAUCAUCUAAUCAGGUUGGUGUGAUCCAAAAUAAAUCAUGGGAGAUACCUGUUGAUAGACUGGAGACCUUAAACACCAGAGACUUAAUCUGCCCAAACUCUAAUGCACCUGAUCAAGAUUCCUCUGUUCAGGGCUUUUGUAAUCCUGAAAACAAAAUAUUGAAAGAAAAUACUGAUUUUUUAUCCCUGCACCAGACUGAUCUGCCAGGAAACUGUUGUGGUCAGGAUCCAGCAUCCUUUCUUCCUUCACAGCAGCCUUGCUCUUUCCCCAGCCAAUCACUUACAGAUGCUGAAUCUAUUUCUAAACAUACGUCUUUGUCAUAUGUUGCCAAUCAAGAGCCAGGUAUUUCACAACACAAAAAUGCAACUCAAAUUAUUAGUUCUGUUUUAGAUACUGAUAAUGAAUCUACAAAAGAUACAGAAGAUACUUUUGUCCUACCAGAGGUUCAAAAGACAGACGCCUUUGUCCCAGUGUAUUCUGAAAGCACUAUUCAAGAAGUAUCACCAAAUUUUGAAAAGACUAAUACUUUACCAUCAGAAAAGGACUUUAAUGGAACUGAUGCCUCUACUCAGCUAAAUACACAUUAUGCAUUUAGCAAACUAACUUACAAGUCUUCCAGUGGCCAUGAGGUUGAGAAUAGCACAGCUGAUAUUCAGGUUAUUUCACAUGAAAAAGAAAAACUAGAGAGUUUGGUUUUAACUCAUUUGAAUAGGUGUGAUUCUGAUUUAUGUGAAAUGAAUGCAGGGAUGCCAAAAGGAAACCUAAAUGAACAAGAUAAUUCAAAACAUUGUUCUGAAAGUGAAAAGUGUUUGCUUUCCAUUGAAGAUGAAGAAUCUCAACAAAGCACUGUAUCAAGUCUGGAAAACAAUUCACAACAGUCAGUUCAACCAGAAAUGCAUAAAUAUAGUCAACUAGUUAAAGUAGAAUUAGAAGAAAAUAACGAAGAUGAUAAAACUGAAAACCAAAUUCCUCAAAGAAUGACUAGAAACAAAGCAAGUACAAUGGCAAAUCAAAGCAAACAGAUUCUUGCUAGCUGUACACUAUUAUCAGAAAAAGACAGUGAGUCAUCAUCUCCUAGAGGAAGAAUAAGAUUAACUGAAGAAGAUGAUCCUCAAAUUCACCAUCCACGGAAGAGGAAAGUGUCGCGUGUACCUCAGCCUGUGCAAGUGAGUCCCUCUUUACUACAAGCAAAAGAGAAAACUCAGCAAUCUCUGGCAGCCAUCGUAGAUUCUCUGAAACUAGAUGAGAUUCAGCCAUACAGUUCAGAGAGAGCAAAUCCAUAUUUUGAAUACUUGCACAUAAGGAAAAAAAUUGAAGAAAAGCGCAAAUUACUAUGCAGUGUUAUUCCUCAAGCACCUCAGUAUUAUGAUGAAUAUGUAACAUUUAACGGAUCAUAUCUCCUGGAUGGAAAUCCCUUAAGCAAGAUUUGUAUUCCCACAAUUACACCACCACCUUCACUGUCAGAUCCACUUAAAGAGCUUUUUCGGCAACAGGAAGUUGUAAGGAUGAAACUACGUUUGCAACACAGUAUUGAAAGGGAAAAACUCAUUGUAUCCAAUGAACAGGAAGUUCUACGAGUUCAUUACAGAGCUGCAAGAACAUUGGCAAAUCAAACACUGCCAUUUAGUGCUUGUACUGUUUUACUAGAUGCAGAAGUAUACAAUGUACCAUUGGACUCUCAGUCUGAUGACAGUAAAACUUCUGUGAGGGAUCGUUUUAAUGCAAGACAAUUCAUGUCUUGGUUACAAGAUGUGGAUGAUAAAUUUGACAAAUUAAAGACCUGUCUUCUAAUGAGGCAACAACAUGAGGCUGCGGCUUUAAAUGCUGUCCAGAGAUUAGAAUGGCAACUCAAGCUCCAGGAACUUGAUCCUGCCACCUAUAAAUCUAUCAGCAUUUAUGAAAUCCAGGAAUUUUAUGUUCCCCUUGUUGAUGUUAAUGAUGACUUUGAAUUGACUCCUAUAUAGCAGUCAUUACUUCCUGAUGGUGUCAUCCUAAACUGAUGACACUCAGGCAUUAUACUGUGGAACACUGCCUUUUGACAAAAAUACUGAUGGUAUGCUUUUAUAAUUGUUCAUAAAAGUUCGAUUAAAGUUGGGGUAUGUAGUAAACACUGUCAUUUUAUAAAAAGUGAAGAGGAUUAUUUUGGGUCUUAGAUCCAAACACAGUUUCUGUCAGAAAACUGUUAUUUAUAUUGGUGAAAGGUAACAAUUGCAUUAGAGCACGUUGGCAGACUAUGGGAGGUAUUUAAAAAGUUGAGAGUCUUACAGCGCUGGAAGUUGUUAGCACUCUAAGUAAUGAGAUAACCACUAGUAUUCAGAUCUCUUUCAGGUUUUAUUGAAAAUAUAUCAGUAAACUAAAAGGUUCAAUUCCUACCAAAUAGUUUCCAAUGUGGAAGGAAAACUUGGCACAAAUUUCUUCAGUUUAUUAUAUCUGUAAAUUAAUUGUACAGUUUUCUUUUGAAAGUUUUAAUAUUGUCUUCCUUUUUAAUAACUUAUUUUAUACAUAUUGUGCAGAUGUAAAUCUUGUAAUUAAUGGUCAAAACGUAUACAAAGGGAUUGGUAGUCAAAACAUGUACAAAAAAAGCUAUAAAACUGUUUUGUCUAAUGUUUUAUCGGACCAAAGUUGUAGUUUGUGUGGAGUGUAGUAAUAGUGUGUUCAGGUAGCAAAAUUUUUAAAUAAGGCAUGCAUGUGUUUGAGUUAGCUUGUUUUCAUCACCAUAACUGUAAAGAUUGUGACUUAGUUGUAUUGCAUGCUUCCUAUAAUUUAACUCUCUCCAUAAUGGAUGCCUGGAACAGUGUAAGACGUUUCAUACUAGUCUCCUGUGAUAGAACCUGUGACUUACUGUGUUGAACAUCUUAUUUAACAUUAGUCAUACAAAGAAACUUAGCUCUUUAUUCAUCUUACAGUAGAGCCUGUUUUCUCCUGGAAAAAAAAAUUGCCUUUGAAUGAAAAUUCUGAAAUUGUAAAUGUCUAUUUUAAUACUCAACUAUGAAAGUAUCUGUGAAUAUAUGUAAAUAUGUUUAAUAAAUUUUAUUGGUCAUGUUAAAUCAUUGUAAAACUUUUUUACAUUGCUUAAAUUUAAUGUUUUAAGCUUAAUAACCUUUGCACUUUUAAAAUAAAAACAAUACAUAAAUCAAAAAGAUAUUUGGUCAUCAAAAUAAGUAAAAGAAAUUUAGGAAUAUUCCCGUCGAUCUCAGAAGCGUUUAUGAGAAAUUGAUUAAUAUGUUGUGUUUUUUUCAUCGUAUCAAGAUGUAAAAUUUAAUUUACAAAAUUUUAUAAUUGAAAUAAGAUUUGGUAUGCCGUUUUAUAAUUUUAAAAAUCAGCAAUAUCCUUAGAAAAAAGUCCAGUUUCUCCUAUAACGUGAUAUAAACUAAAUAUUCAGGAAUUUUUCAGAUCUGAAACCUGCUGCUGAACUUAAUUAAACAUUUUUGAAAAGAAAAUUAGGUCAGUGUAAAAUUCAUAAGUGUAUAUGAGGUAAAAUUUACAAAACUUUCCACAAUACUUUCUUGAAUUAAAAAUAAUUCUGAAUGUUUUCUAUUUGCUAGAGAAAAGCAAAGCAACUAUAUGGGAAUGAAGUGAUUUAAAUUUAGUUUGCAAGUUGGAAAUCCCAGCUAAUGGGAGAGAAUGUAAAAGUUUUUGAGUGCAAAGGUACAUAUUAAGCUUAGGGAUUUUUGAAUUUUUACAUCGAUUUAUAUUUUAAUUCUUACUGUACUUGGCAUGCGCAAUAAAGCAGCACGUGUAAAAAAAAUACACAGUGCAAGGACUUUAUUAUAAAGGUUGGAUGUAGUUUUCUUUAGAAAUGUAGGUGGGGGAUUUUGGCAUUUUUUAUUAGAUAAAUGGAGCCAGAAAGGCAGGGUAGAUUUUUGAAGCACUGGUUUUGUUGAAGUUAAGUUUAUUAAGGCUGGGAACAUUGAGAGCUAAUUUAUAUAGCAAUACUUUUUAAUAUGAAAAACUUAAUGCAAAGUUUGUUUAUACUUUUGCCUAAAAAGGAACUUUGAUGGGAUAGUGUGGCAAAUCAUAAAAAUCAAAAACCGGCAUUAUUGAGCAUUGAAGUUGUAGAAAAUCAGAGAGGGGUAAGCUCAUGCAGCAUUUUGUUCUGAUGGUCCAACCAGAAAAAGGGGCAAUAUCACUGGCCGAACAGAACAAGCUUCAGAAGAGAAAAACAAGCAGGAAUCUGGCAAAUUUUAGUCAUCCCAGCUUUUUAUCUUAAUCACAGUUCUCACACUCUUCAAUGGUACCUCAGAAAGCUGGAGCCUCUCUGCCAUGAUUCUGCUUCUGCAAAUUUCCUUUGUAAAGUGUCUGAAAACUAAUCAUGAUAACUUAAAAGACAAGUUAAUGCCCUCUCAUUGUAAAUGUAUUAUCAAGUAAGUAGCUAUGGGCUUUUGGUAUUCCAAAGCUCUAGAAUGCUAGAAAAAACUUGGAAGGGGGUAUAUGCCUAAAAAGGUUUUGGAUUGAUCCUGAAAGAAAAAUAAAGGAUGGUUAGUUUAAUCAGUGAUACUUUUUAAACUAUUCCAAUAUCAUGAACAAGAUACUAAAUUGUACCUAAGGAUUUGUAUUUCUUUAAAUCUUGUUCUAAAUCAUAUCUGUUUAAUAAAUGACUAGUUGAUAUUUGUGCAUGUUAUUUAAUAAAGAGUUAUAUUUUUAUAGAAAAAA